AUGAUGGCGUCAACUGGGAAGGAAAGUCGUCGGACUCUCGCAGAUACGUUGCUCCAUGUUGGCAAGCGCGCUUUUGACCCAACAACAGAGCCUGCAUUACGCGACCUCGCCUUGAAAGAGUUCAAUUCGCUUGUUGAAGGCAAUGUGUCAUGGAAUCUGUUACCAGCCUUGAAUGCGUUGAUCAAGCCGAACGUGGCGCCGUCAUGGCUACAGCCGCCACUGAUGAAGAUUCUUACACAUAUCCCGCUUCGUCGUGAUGGCGUGCGUGGAACCCUCGAGUUCGUUUUUUCAGUUCAUCCGAGCAGCCAAAUGAAGGCUUCUGAUGAAACUACGCUCCACAAGACCGGUGCGAACAUCACUCAAGAGGCUUUGGCGGUGGCGACGCGAAUAAUUACGUCGCCCCCGGCGACAACGGCACCUACACUGUGGUUUGCCGGUAUCGCGCCACAGAUACAUCAGUUAUUAGAUGGAAAUGAAGGCCCAGAGCUGUCGCGGGUCGCUGCUCAAGUCGUCAUGAUUGGUAUCUUGAGUAAAAAACAAUUUGGCGCCCCUGGAACUCCGGGAUGGGAUAUCUUUAUCGAGCCUCUUCUGUUUCCUAUCAAUCCUUCCCGGCCUCCCGUGACAUCCCUCGGCACAAACGGCUCAGGCGAGCAGGAUGAUAUCUUAGAUCUCACCCGCAGCCGAGUGCUCGUAUCAUUCGACAGGAUCCAACUCGCCCUCCAGCGCCUUUCGACUCUUCUUAAUGCGACUCCAUUUCCAGCCCAAGCCAGACGUGUCAUCGGACCAAUCAUUCGACAGCUUUGGGCCAUCGCCUCGUGGCCAAACCCUGGCCCGCAGCUUCAGGAGACAUGCUGCACACCAGCACUGUCGUUGUUGAAGAUGUUCUUCAAGAUCGGUUCCUCGUCUGCUCAGCUUCUCAAGAUCGUGGAAAAUCUCGACUACAAAGGCGAGCUUGAACCGGAGAAGAAAAUGUGGGCAUAUGCGACAUCUGCGCCAGAUGGUGUGGAGAUCAUCAGCAUGGAGGAGCUCCGCGACCCGAGGCUGCACCAGAUUGAUUGGAGCGGCGUCCAACACAAAUCCUAUGCCUUUGUGUCCCUCAUGGCGACGAGUUGCACCCCGGAUGAGGUAUCAUCUUUUGCUAUGGACCUGCUCAGCAGAUGGAUGGCCGACUUGGUGGCAUCGGCGCCCGCCCAGCCAAAGAUCAAGUUGGAAGAAGCUGAGCCGGAUGAGGAAGGCUUGCAGCUGAAGAAGCUUUGGGAGGUGGCCAUCUUGCAGAAGAUGCUUGAAGAGGUUCCCGAGAAGUUGAUCAGUCGCAUUGAACAGGUUCUGGAGCUUGUCUGUCAGAUCUUGAACCCGGAAACCCUGCAAAGUCAAUCAGACGAUAUCAUCGCUGUGGCACUGAGUCUCUUGAAUUUAGUCAUUACAUCGCCAACAUUCAAGAGAUCGAAUCUGAAACCACGUGGCCUCGAAGUCUUAGAAACAAGCCUGGAGAAGCUGGGCAGCGGCAAUCAUCCAACGGUAUCACCAACAGCAAGAAACUUGGGCUUGUUGCUCCAGUAUCGUGAUGCAGCGGGUGGCGAAGAUGAGAAGGAUGGGUUUGUACCCAAUGCAAAGCAGUUUGAGGACAGAGCCACAUACAAGCUCGCCAUAUCAUACAUCACACAAGCAGAUAACCCUCCCCCCGUUCGCUCGGAAGGUCUCAACCUCAUAUCAGGCCUGAUCCUGGCAAACAGCACCGCUCUGGACGUUCAGGCUGUUCUCGUCCUUCUCUCCUCUCUCAUGCAAGAUGCCGAGGACUAUAUCAACCUGCGUGUCAUUAAGGUCUUCACGCAAAUGGCCAACAAGCACCCCAAGGCAACGUCGCGCGAAAUACUUGAUCACUACUUGGAUCCGAAAGAACGCUCAACAACAGAUACGAGGUUGCGCUUCGGAGAGGCGCUCCUGCAAGUCAUCGAGCGCUUGGGGGAAACAUUUGCAGGAGAUGUUGCCCGCCAUGUCACCGAGACGCUUUUGUCGAUUGCCGGCCGACGAGGCUACCGACCUCAGACGGAAGCAAGACAGGCGCGGGAGGCACGUCGGCGCGAGAUCAAGAAGAAACAGGCAGAAGAUGCCUGGGAUGGCGAAGUCCCUGAUUUGGGAGAUGAACUCACGGAAGAGGAGCAAGCCACAUCUGAUAUCCUCACUCAGAUUGUUGAGGGCUGGGAAAGCAAGCGAGGGAGCGAAGAUGUUCGCAUGCGUUCUUCUGCCCUGUCUAUCCUUGCAGGUGCAAUGGAAACCAACGUUUCUGGUGUUGGACCGGAUCUCGUGUCAGCCUCCGUAGACCUAUGCGUCAACGUUCUUACGCUGGAGCCAGAGCUGGAAAAAGGGAUACUGCGGAGAGCGGCUGUGCUCCUCAUAUUGAGCUUUGUCAAGGCUCUCGACGUAGCAAGGCAAACCGGGCGGAGGAUAGGCUUCGGACUGACGGACAGCAGCAGGAAUGAUAUCUUGCGCGUCCUUAAGUACAUUGCCAUCUCCGACAACGAUGGCCUGGUACAGCAGCAUGCCAGAGAUGUCAUUGAGAGUCUGGAGAGCUGGCAGAUGGCUACUCUUUUGCCCGCGGGAAGAGAUAUGCCAGCCGGUCCAAGCAUUGGUGGACUUGCGGACCUGAACUUGCGCCAGCAAUUUGGCUCCCCGAACGUCGGGCAACAACGGCCUAGGAUAGAAGAGGUUGAAUGA